AUGGACAGCACCGGUAUGGACAUUCUGAUUUACCCCGACUAUAACAAACCUUUCAUUCUUACGACGGACGCAUCUGAUUUUGCCAUUGGUGCAGUCCUGUCCCAAGGAGAUGUCGGCAAAGACAAGCCGAUCCAUUUCGCUUCUCGUACAUUAUCAGUAACCGAGGAGAAAUACUCAGUACCAGAGAAAGAGAUGCUAGCCAUCUUCUGGUCAUUGAAUAAAAGCUCAAAUGCAAAACUCAAGAGGUGGAAAGCCUACCUGGAGGAACACGAUUACGAGAUCGUAUAUAAGCCAGAUGAUAGUGACGAUCUUUACAUAAAAUCAACAGAGUCACCACUCAAUGUAUUUCGUCACCAAGUGAUGAUAAAGAAGGGACCGGAUAAAAUAGUAACGGAAAACCCUUUCUCCGGAUACACAAGGAUAAACAUUGAUAUAAAUGAUGAGAAGCACUUCAACUGUUCAAAAAUAAACGGCUUGUUAACAGACGAAAUCACGAUGGGAAAGAUCCAAGAGGUUUACAAGAAAAAUUUCGGACAACAAAAACUGUUAACUAUUCGGUUUACACAGAACAUUCUUGAAGAUGUGAGAGAAGAAGACGAACAGUGGAAUGUCAUCCGCACAGAACACCACAGAGCUCAUAGGGGUGCACAGGAGAACAAACUACAAAUAUUCCGAAAAUACUUUUUUCCAAAAUUAGCUCAGAAAAUAGGAGAUUUUAUCAAAAACUGUCGAAUAUGCCAUGAAUUCUUUCUACUAUUCAUCAUUCAGACUGGGACGAUACAAUCGGAACAUGGCAUGACAAUUAAGUUACAGGACAUAGGACGACAACCAAUCCUGGUAUUUCAUCAGGGUGAAGCACGAAUCAGACUCGACCACAAAUACUACAUACACCACUUCAAUCUUACAACCAUCAAAACGCAAGUCAAAGGCCUUAGAAUUCAAUUUGAAAAUUUUAGUAAGAAUCAGUUCACAGACCUAAUAAUUGGAAAAUUUAAUGAAAUCGAUUUUGCUCUCAGAAGCAUUGAUCCAGUCAGACGACACAAACGUUGGAAUAGUUUAGGUACGGCGUGGAAAUUUCUAGCUGGUAGUCCAGACGCCAAUGAUUUAAAAAUUAUCAAUUCAUCUAUCAAUAACCUUAUCUCUAAUAAUAAUGAGCAGAUAAAAAUUAACCGUGAGAUCAAUCUACAAUUGAAAGAAGCUAUAUUCAAAACAAAGAAAGCAAUUGAGGUAUUUAAUGUAGGAUCUGCUGAAAUGUAUUGUACCAAAAUGUUAUUUCAUUUGAAUUUCCUGUCUGAAAAAAUCGGUCUAAUUAUUGACACUAUUAUGCUAGCAAAAUUAGGUAUAGUUAACGAACAAAUUUUGAGUUCCAAAGAAAUUGAAAUCUUAAUUGCUGAUUUAGCUAGGGAAAACGUAACAGUUCACACUGCUGUGCAGGCGACGAAUUAUGCGACGACAUCAGUAGCAUCAAACAACCUGGAAAUCGCCCUCAUCAUCAAGAUGCCGAAACUAGAUCCAAGGACUUUCAGCAAGGUACGAUUGGUGCCAAUCAUUCACGAAAACAAACGAAUACAUAUACCCGAUCAGCUUUUCUUAUUUCACAACGAGGAAAUAUAUCAGAUAAGCUCAAUAGAACCCACAGUAUUUGAUCUGCAUGAAACACAUUUGGAGAACACAACUUGCAUACCUAAUUUACUAAAAGGUAAACUAGCAAUCUGCAAUUUUACCUCAAACCCAAUUGAAGAAGAAAUAUUCUUCCUCGAUGAGCAGCACAUACUUGUAAACACAAUCAAAAAUUUUACAUUGUCAUUAAACUGUGGAAUAACGGGCCGAAACCUCUCGGGAUCAUACGUCAUAUUCUUUAACAAUUGCCAAAUAUACAUCAAUAACGUUUUAUACUCAAAGAGGGUAAAAUCAUUACCAGGAAACCCAAUUCAACUACCACUAGAUGGAAUCGAAGUAAAAAAGCAUCAAGAGAUUUUAAAUAUCAGCUUAGAACACCUACACAACCUCCACAUGGAAACAAGGAAGGAGUUAGACGUUAUUCGAUUAUCAACCGAUAGUAUUCAGUGGCCAGCAUGGUCUAUUAUUGGCGGAGCUGUUUCGCUCCCUUGUAUGAUAACCGGUAUCGCAAUUCUUUUUAAAUUUCUCUCCCACAGAAGGGCCACAGUUAAUAUACAAACAAUACCUAACACCAUACCAUCUCAUGUACCACCAAUAGAUACUCAGCCCAACAUCAGAAGAUUGACAAUUCAGGAAGUGAUUCGGAUGGAACCUCAUCUCUAA